AUGGCAGGCAAGAACAUGUCGUCGCGACUGCUGAACAUGAAGUUCAUGCAACGCGCAUCAGCAUCAGCAUCGACACCAAGCACACCGACCACACCAGACGGCACGAGACCUUCGAAACGCCAACGCACCGAAGCAGCCGUCAGUCCCGAUGUGCGCGCAUUCCAGGAAGCUGCAGCGGUCGAAGAAGCAAAGAAGAACGCCUUUAUCGAGCGCGCCGCCGCCGAAGCUGGAGAAACAAAAUGGGUCCUCAGUGUCAGCGAUGAGAAGCACAAGAAGCCUGCCUCGAGUUUGAGGAUCGUCGAAGCUGGAUAUGGCGCCAUCGACUCGGGCGCACCCAUACCGGAAAGCGGCGACGACGAAGAUGAAGGCCAAAGUGCCGGCAUGGCUGGACGAAGGAGUUUUGGAAGGUUCAACAAGGCUGUCGAGCGCCAACACAACCCAGACAUGUCAUCCUCGGACUCCGAACACGACUCAGACGCAGAGUCAGAAUCAGAGUCAGAAGACGAUGAAGACCUAGACGAAGCUGAACUUCUCCUCAAAGCCGAACGCAAAGAAGCCGCCGCAAAACUCCGAUCCGAACGCAAAGCACAACGCAAAGCCGACGAGGCCAAGACGAAACAAAGGGCCGAACGACGAAGGAGCAGAGACAUCAACUUGAACAAGGUUAGCGGCAUCUCGAAUGCUGCCAUAAGGGGCAAGCAGGCUGCCGUUGCCAACAUGGCUUGUCACACCUGUGGCCAGAAGGGCCACUUGCAGAAGGAAUGUCCAGAAAAAGGCCAAAGAAAGGGAUACAAGAGGAAGAGUGGUGGCGGUGCUAUGGAUUAUUGA